UAUCCAAACGCCUAAAAAAAGGAAGGUAAAUAGGUCUAUCUGUUAAAAAGGAAAAGAGCUUCGGGACAAAGGCUGUUAAGAGGGUAACCGAAAAAAAUUCAUUCAGUCAUUUGAUCGAACAAUUUCGUGAUGAGAUAUAACUCCCGAAGACUUGUAAUUUCCUUGUUCCUUCAUGGAAUUCACAGUCUCCACAAUACCAAUUUGCCAACAAGUAAGCUAAUUUUUUUCCCUAGAUCCACCAGUGUUCUCCGUAAUGGUGCUCUCUUCAGGUCUACUUGGGGAAUCAGGUUCUCUGCUUUUACUUCACUAGAUUCUGAUGUUGAAACUACUACUACAACAACGACAUAUCCAAUAUAUUCCUACGAAGUAGAGUCUAGAGAUGUUAAGUGUAUGCAGUCCAUAUCACCACCCUCUCAGAGGGGAGAUAGAGCGGUUGUUUCCGAUAGACCCCCGACUCAAGACAAAAACAGUCAAGAAACUGAUGUUGAAACUAUUGAAGCCAUUUUCAAAGAACCUGGGAUCAAUGUUAUUCAACUGCAUAACAAACUUGAGCAAUGUGGUGUUAGGCCUACACACGAUUUAGUAACUGUGAUUCUUUCUCGUGUACGGAAUAAUUGGGAAGUUGCAUUCACUUUCUUCAUUUGGGCAAGCAAACAAACAGGUUAUGUCCACUCUGUGCGUCAAUACCAUUCUAUGAUAUCUAUACUUGGUAAAAUGAGGAAGUUUGAUACUGCAUGGUCACUCAUUGAUGAAAUGAGACGAGGGAAAGAUGGUGGGCCAUCUCUUGUUAAUCCUCAGACACUCUUGAUUAUGAUAAGGAAAUAUUGUGCUGUACAUGAUGUGGGAAAAGCUAUCAAUACUUUUUAUGCUUUUAAACGGUUUAAAUUAGAUAUUGGAAUGGAAGAAUUUCAAGACCUUUUGUCUGCCCUGUGUCGCUAUAAAAAUGUAAAAGAAGCCGAACACUUGCUUUUUUGCAAUAGGAAUGUUUACCCGUUGAAUACGAAGAGUUUGAAUAUCAUUCUCAAUGGGUGGUGUCUGUCCCUAGAUGAUUUAAGUGAGGGAAAGAGGAUUUGGAGGUUGAUGAAGGAAAAAGGGAUUCCUCGUGAUGUUUUUUCGUAUUGUGGUAUCAUGUCUUGCUAUUCGAGGACUGGUAGACUCAAUGUUGUGCUUAAAAUUUUUGAUGAGAUGAAAUUGAAUGGGGUUGCACCUGAUGUUAAAGUUUACAAUGCUGUGAUUCAUGCUCUUGCAAAAGGAAGGUUAGUUAAACAAGCUAGGAGUGUGAUGAAGAUGAUGGAAGAGAAUGGUCUCUCCCCAAACGCUGUUACUUAUAACUCAUUAAUCAUGCCUCUCUGUAAAGCCCGAAUGCUAGAUGAAGCCCAAGAGAUCUUCAAUGAGAUGAUUCAACGAGGCAUACAUCCUACUGUCCGAACUUACCAUGCAUUGCUUCGUAGCCUGAGGACGGGGGAAGAAGUGUUUGAGCACUUGCAGAAGAUGAAGACGAUGGGCUGUUUUCCAACUCAUGACACUUACAUAAUGUUAAUCCGAAAGUUUUGCCGGUGGUGCCACCUUGAUAAUGUUUUCAAGUUGUGGAAUAAGAUGAGCAAAGUCGGCUUGGACCAUGAUCGAAGUUCAUAUAUAGUGUUGAUACAUGGACUCUUUCUGAAUGGAAAGCUGGAGGAGUCAUACAAAUACUAUCAAGAAAUGAAGCAAAAAGGUUUUCUGCCAGAGCCCAAGAUAGAUGAAAUGCUUCAGGCUUGGGUGGCUGGCAAGAGCAAUUCUCAAGAGAAUAAAGUAACAUGCCGUCAGGAGAACAAAGAGGCGGUCAAAUUUCAAAAAGCUGAUAAAAAAAGGGAUUUCCGUAAUAAACCUGAAAUGAGAAAAGUUAUGAGAGAGCGUGACUUCUCUUUCUGGGAUCAGUAGAUUAAUUGUUGAUUAUAAAACUAUGGUUUGGAUUCUGGCUCUGGUCACUGUGAAUACAGGUGCAUGAGAUUUCUCUUCGUUUAGAUUGUUUAACAGAAUAUUCUUGGUUUAUGUGUUCUACACAUUGGAAAUUUACUGCUUAUGCAAUUUAUUCCCAUAUACAUAUCUUUUUUAAGA